GAGCGAAAUCCACAGAUUAGGGCAAACAAGCCUCUCUCAUUUUUAUCUUCGAGCUCCCGAUCCAUCUACUCGUUCUCUAAAAUCUUAGCCAAAAACCCCCAGCCAUUCGAAUCCAUCUACUCUUUCUCUACUCCCAAAACCCUAACAAAAACCCCCAUUUCUUCGAUCCAUCAAAGUUUCCGUCUUUUCUCUGAUUCCUUUGCCGUUAGGGUUUGAUGGCGGAGCCGUCGAAGGUCAUUCACGUCCGAAACGUCGGCCACGAGAUCGCCGAGAGUGAUUUGCUCCAGUUGUUGCAGCCGUUUGGAACCGUGACGAAAGUCGUGAUGCUGCGGGCAAAAAAUCAGGCUCUCCUUCAGAUGUAUGAUGUAUCUUCAGCUGCUGCUGCUAUGCAAUACUAUGCGAACGUGCAACCAAGUGUUAGGGGAAGGAAUGUAUACAUGCAAUUUUCUUCACAUCAAGAACUAACAACAAUGGAUCAGAAUUCACAAGGACGGAAAGGGGAUCAGGAUUCAGAACCCAAUCGGAUCCUUUUAGUUACAAUACAUCACAUGCUCUAUCCUAUAACUGUGGAAGUGCUGCAUCAAGUGUUUUCUCCUCAUGGGUUUGUGGAGAAGAUCGUCACAUUUCAGAAGUCAGCUGGUUUCCAAGCCCUUAUACAAUAUCAAUCAACCCAAUGUGCUGUGCAAGCAAGGAAUAACCUGCAAGGACGCAAUAUAUAUGAUGCUUGUUGUCAGCUAGAUAUACAAUUUUCCAACCUUAAUGAACUGCAAGUUAAUUACAACAAUGAUCGCUCUAGAGAUUUCACCAAUCCAUCUUUGCCUUCAGAACAAAGAGGUAGAUCCUCCCAACAGGGGUUUGGAGAUGUUGGAGGCUUGUAUGCAUUCCCUCAUGGAGCCAGGGCAGUUGCAUUUCCACAGAUGGGUAAUGCUGCAGCUGUUGCAGCUGCAUUUGGUGGAGGUCUGCCUCCUGGGAUAUCUGGUACUAACACUGCAUGCACUAUUCUAGUAUCAAAUUUGGAUUCCGAGAAAAUUGAUGCGGACAAGAUUUUUAAUUUAUUUUCCUUGUAUGGGAAUAUUAUAAGAAUUAAAAUACUACACAAUAAGCCUGAUCAUGCGCUUGUUGAGAUGGCAGAUGGUUUCCAGGCUGAAUUAGCUGUACAUUUCUUGAAGGGAGCUAUAUUGUUUGGAAGGAGGUUGGAAGUGAACUAUUCAAAAUUCUCAAACAUAACACCAUCUGCCGAUGCCCACGAGUACGCGGGGUCCAGCCUGAACCGUUUCAACCGCAAUGCAGCCAAAAACUACCGAUACUGCUGCUCUCCAACCAAAAUAAUACAUAUCUCCACACUUCCUCAAGACAUCACGGAGGAAGAUAUCAUAGCCCACUUAGAGGAGCACGGAACCAUUGUCAACUCCAAAGUUUUUGAAGCAAAUGGGAAGAAGCAAGCUCUGGUUAUGUUUGAGGAUGAGGAGCAAGCAACCGAGGCUCUUGUUUGCAAGCACGCAAGUACUAUUGAUGAGGCUAUCAUCAGGAUAUCCUUCUCUCAGUUGCAGAAUAUCUAGAAGCAUACCUUUGUUGUCGCGGUCGAUUUUUCUUAAAAUUAUUUGUACUAUAGUUUGAGAGUGCUGAAUAAUUCCGCUUAUGUAGUUUUUUGGUUCCUAGUUCUGUUUAGGAUGUGGGUGUGACUGAUUUGUACUAAUGUUUGUUUAAAUGUUAUUUCUUGAGAAUUUUUCAGGCUCCGAAGUUGCUUA